CAUACAUAGCCACUCGAGCUGCAGCUGUUUUCGAUGUCUCUACAACUUCUCGUGCUUGCCGUCCUUUGUAGCUGGGGACAAGGCUUGCAGCUGAUGUCCCGACAAUUUGGCAACCUUUGUGCCAGGUUCUCCGGUGCCGGCCGUGCUUUACUGCGAUGCAGGGCAUAUGCUGCUUGGAAGGUCCUGCUACGAGGGCAAACUGAUGAAGUAGAAGCUGAGAAAGGCCCACCGCUGUUGCAACAACUCCGCGACAAGGUAUGCAGACCCAAGCCUGCCUUGCAGGACCAGUGGGAUGAAGCUGGAGUGGAAUCUGUGGACUUGGUCGUACGAGGCAUCAGUGGCGAGGUUGUGCUCGAGGAUCUUGGUGCUGCGUUGGACAUGGAAGUCGAAUUGGUGCAACUCUGCGUCGGCACCACCGUCCUCAAGCACAGUGCCUUUCUGGGAGCCUUGGGACCUUGGGACCUUGGGACGUGUCGCUUGGAAUUACGUGUCUUACAAGCUAUUCGUGGUGGUCGGGUUCCUCUGGCACCACAGAGCUGGGGUGCGCAGCAUCUUGUGGCGGAAACGGCCUUAGCCGCUCUUCUGGAGCCAUUGGAAGGCAGAUUCUUGUCAGGUUUGAUACCUGCCAGGUCAAGAGACAGGGACCUUGCAUCGGAUGCAGAAACUGAGGUGUCUGAUGAUGAGGAGUUGACCUUCUUGAAGCUUCAUGGCCCUGCUGUCACUGUGCAGGCCAAAACUGGACGUGAGAUCAAGCUGAUGGAUGUACCUACACGAGGGGAAAAAUGCCACUUUGAUCGUGGUUACCGCUUCCUCUCUUUGGGUGGUUUCAGCGAGAAGCCGUCAAUGAGAUACAUCAUGACCAGCAAUGAUGACAAGGCCACCAGAUCUGAUGAGACAAUGUGGCGCCUGAACGUACGGAUGCCAGUGGCUCGACGCUGCGAUGGGGUCAAAACCUAUGGUGCUGUCCUUGGUUAUUGUCAGCUGACCAACGCCAAGUGUAGCUGGGGCCCAGCCGCCAUGGAGGCUGAGGAUGAGGAUGAAUCCUUGAAGAUUCAGCUGCAGCAGCUUCAGCAGCUGCAGCAGAUGGUGACUGAAGACACCGCAGACACUGAGGCCACUGAGGCGGCGCAAAAGACAGCUGAAGCUCCGGAAGCUCCGCAAGCUCCAGAAGCUCCGGAAGCUGAGAAACCUGGAGCUGAAGCAGCUCCAGCGGUUGAUGUGACUGCAACCUCUGCACCUGAAGCUGCCCAAGCUGCCCAAGCUGAUGAGAGUGAGAAAGCACAGCCCAGUGAGCCAGUUGCUGAAGUGGCCGAAACUGCGGCUGAACCGGCGGAGGAAAACACAGAAGCUGAUGCCGAAAACGGCACAGACAUGGCAUGCAUUGUGCCACAGGUGACCUACGAUGAAAAGAGUCACUUUACCAAAGAAGGCAGGUGGGUUCUUCCCAAGCGCAGUCAAUUUCCAUCGAUUUUCUGCCCACUCCGGGUGCGUGUUCGCUUGGCGAGCCCUCAUGAUGUUUCAGUUGUGAAUCCAUACAAGAUUCCAGUUGCGGAGGUUGAGAAAAUUCUACGAGACUCACUCGGUUUCAAGGAUCUAUUUAUCCGAUUCGAUGACUGCCGAGAUCGCAUUGAUGCUGCAGUCAAUGCGAGGGAGGUUGUCGUGGCCAUCAAUGGCGAGUUGCCGGAGGGUCUCAAGGUGGGGACGCAGAAGCAGGUGGAAAAAUAUGAAAAAGAGUCCUUGUCAGCUACCGUUGUUGAUGUCUUGGAAACAUCAAAUGACUUGGAUCCGGAGCGGAUCAAUUCCUUGACAUCCCGCCUGAAAGAGAGUGAGGCUUGUGAUGCCUUGGUCCUGGAAUUGCCACAGAUUUGGAUCAUCUCGGACCCAGAGUUUCGAGCCAAGAGUGCUAGCAUUGGUUUGUACCCAGGAAGCUUCUGGAUGGGUUUCUUGAAGUCCUGGGGGGCUGUGAAGGUGGCUGAAGUCUUCUUCAAGAAAAUUCCUGGCGAUACUGGACGAGAACCCAUGGUUUCAGUCGCUGUACAGUUCCGAGAACAGGAGAACUUGAGGAUGUGCUUCACUUUCCUCCAUGACAGAUAUCUAGUCCAUCCAAAGCAAAAGAAUGCUUUGCGGCAACCCUGGGGCAGAUUAGUGGCCUUUGAGGACUUUAAGUCCAAAACCCUAGGAAGACCUGCCCAGAAAAAGCCCAAGGCUGCAACAAAGCCGCAGCUGCAGAUCAAUCGACCCAUGCCACAAGUGCCUCGAAAACAAGCAGCUCCCGCAAAGGACGCCAAAGCCACCAUGGACUUUGAUCAUGAGCUCACACCAGCUGAGGCCAUGGCCGGCCUGUCCGGAAGGACGCUGGAGGCUUUCCAGAUGGUCAUGAGCCGAAUGGAAAGAUUAGAGAGGGAGAACAAGGAGCUCAUGCAGGUCCUGAUUCAGAUGCAAGGUUUAUUGCAGCAGUCCCAACAGCGAAAUGAGCAGCUAGCAGGCAUUGCACGAGCCGAUCCUUCCACGAAUAGCACUGCCCGCGUGGCGCUUGAGGCGCAACGCCACGCCAUGAUGGCCUCCUCCAUGGUGCCUCCACCGGUUCCACCGGUUCCGCCAGCACCAGUGGAUCCCUCGUCCCCCGAGAAGCGUCCCGCGGACGCUGAAGCCUCCCAACCUGAGGCCGCAGAGGCCGCAGAGGCCGCGGAACCAUCCGUGGAACGGCCCUGGAAGCAUCAGCGGCGGCGCCAGCGGCGCAGUGCGGUAGAUGCGGUAGAUGCUGAUCCACACCUGGCGGAUGUGGGGGAUGAGGACGAGGAUCAAGGGUCAGGUCUUGCGGCUUACCACAACGCAUUGCUGGGCGUGUCGUGAAACAGAUGGGCAGAUGGCAAAAAGGGAAAAAAA